CGGAUACGUACGGAGGAUGUACUGAAUACCGCACUAGCCUGCAUUGCAUCCAUUCCAUCUGAUCCAAUCCCAUCUGUUCUUCGUCCACCGAUCUUCAUCAGAUCCGCGUCCCCUUCAUCCUCUCACCGCCCCUCAAUGGUCAUGAGCUUCUUUGGAUUCCCUUUUCCCUCCUUCGACCCUUGCUUCAAUCCUCCGAAGGCUCUCGCCUCGCUAUUCUAGUCUCCUGCAUUCACGAUAGUUAUUCUCCUCCCGCUGUUGUCUCACCCUGUUUGCUUUUUUCUCCCCUUUGCAAGUUCCGAGUUUCGUCACUCCGGGUGGUGUCAAGUAGCCUCCAGCGUCUUGCUCCACAUCUGAGCAUUGUCCACCCUCGAAUCGCUGCUUCGAUUCUAUUUUUAUUAUUACUUUUCAUUUUGAUCUUAUUUUUAUCUUUCCAGUGAAAACUUUUCUUUCCCUUGACUCUCCAUCACAAUCAUCUCUCACUCACUUGUUGGAUCCCACUGAUAUCGUCAAAUCCCCCCCAUCGCCUCCAGUCAGAGGCCGAGACCGCCAGAUCAAUGCGCCUGCGCUAUUGACCCGCCGGCCCACGUACGAAUCUCACAGUUCCUUUCCCAGCAUGGAGGCGACGCCGCGCCCCGUUCACCAGGAUGGAUUCUGCGCAUUCGCCAACGAGGUUCCGUCCCCCGGACCGACGCCGUUUGUUGACCACGAGGCUAUAGUAGGACAAUGCAUAAAGAAGAAUAUGGGCAAUGGAGUAGUAACUUCUACUUCUGCGCGCCUUUCGUACAAGGCCCUCCUGCAUGUUCUCGCUGCUGAACUCGAACUCGAACUCGAACGCGAACGCGGACUUCGUACUUGCGACUCGCCGCCUAGCUAUGGGACCCCUCCGCCGUCCUAUGCGGAUGCCGUUAGUGAUCUCCCGCCGGACUAUUAUUCUACGAUUGCGCCGCUGGCUCAGAGGAAAGACCUGCGGCAGGAUACCGCCCCGCAAUGUACGACGAGGGAUGCUAAGGGUGCGUCUUCGUCGUCGCCGAUAGAUUUCAACGACCCCGUCGGCAUUCGAGAGCAUGCGAAGAAGAAGAAACAACAGACCAAGAAGCAAGCGCCACCGCAACGGAAAGCUACACCGCCACCGGAAAACAAUGGCGAUAAUAAUGAUGAAGGCGCGGACGAUGGUCAAAACGGAGGCGAUGCCCCAAACGAUGCGGGCGGCGGUGGCGACGGGAACGGUGAUGGCGAUGGUGGAGACGGCGGCGGGGAAGACGAUGACAUGGACGCGUGGAAUACACCCACCACCAGUAAAAAAAGCAAGAAGAAACAGAAAGAGGAGGAGGAAAUGAAGAGGAAGGAAGAGGAAGAAAGACAGGCGCAGGAAGAGGAAAGCCGAAAAGCGAAAGAGGAAGAAGACAAACGCGCGGCUGAUGAAGCUGCUGCGCAGAACGCACUUAGCUGGGCGGAUGAAGCCGACGGCGGCGACGAUUCAUGGGGUGGGUUUGAUACCAAGAAGAAGAAAAAGAAGGGCAAGACUGUCGAUCUCCUCGAGCCAGACCCCCCGUCCAACUCGUUUCAAGACGUGAGUCUCAACGAUGCCGCGCCCCAGUUAGACGUGGGUUUGGAUCCGUCAAAGGCUGCAGGAACCGGUUUCAGUUUUGGUGGAUGGGGCAAAGACUUGAACACUGGCAGCAAAUGGGGUUUGGAUUCUCUUGGGGGCGCGAAGGAAGAGAAACCGAAGGACACCAACCCUUGGUCAUUUGGCGGCAAGAAUGACCUGUCCACGGCGUCGGUUGGAUUUGGCUUUGGCGGAGGAUUUCAAGACCCUGCCCCCGUCAGUGCUGACAAUGCGGCCGGUGAUCAAAAUGUCGACGACGACUGGGGCAGUUUUGCACCUGUCGGUAAAGACAAGAAAAAGAAGAACGGUGCCGUGGAGGAACUUGCACCAGAGCCCGAGCCUGCACCCGAACCCGAACCCGAACCUGAACCGGAGCCGAAAGCCCCCGCUGUGCCAGACGAUCCUCUUUACGAGAAUUGGCUUGAUGUGUCAGCUAAAGAGCGAAAGCGACGAAAAACUGCACUGAGGAUCAAGGGCCUUCCCAUACCCGGUGAAGGAGGGUUUGAGCUCCCACUGCCUGGAGCCGAGACUGAGCCUGAGCCUACCCCCGAGCCUGAACCUGAACCUGAGCCAGAGCCAGAGCCAGAGCCCGAACCAGAACCAGAACCAGAGCCGGAGCCGGAGCCGGAGUCGAAAGCCCCUUCUGUGCCAGAUGAUCCUCUUUAUGAUAAUUGGCAUAACUUGACAUCUAAGGUCCGAAAGCAACGUGAAAAAUCAUUGAAGAAGAAGGGCCUUCCCAUACCUGGUCAAGGUUUUGAGCUCCCACUGCCUGGAGCCGAGCCUGAGCCUGAGCCUACCCCCGAGCCCGAACCUGAACCUGAACCAGAGCCAGAGCCAGAGCCCGAACCAGAACCAGAACCAGAACCAGAGCCGGAGCCGGAGCCGGAGCCAGAGACGAAAGCCCCUUCUGUGCUAGAUAAUCCUCUUUAUGACAAUUGGCAUAAUUUGUCAUCUAAAGAUCGAAAACGACGAGAAAAAUCACUGAAGAACAAGGGCCUUCCCAUACCCGGUCAAGGUAUUGAGAUCCCAGUACCUGGAGCCGAGCCUGAGCCCGAACCUGAACCCGAGCCUGAGCCUGAACCAGCGCGGGCUCCUGAACCCAUAUCCGAUCCUAUCGUCGAGCAGCCAGGCGAGGACAAUUCCUGGGAUUUCUGGGGCUCUUCGAAGGACAGGAAAAAGUCAAAGAAGAACAGGAUCGCCGAAGAUCCCCCACCCCCUGCGCCUACUCCCCCAGCGCUGGGUCUGGACCCUGAACCCGAGAGAACUACUCUAGCUAUCGAAGAUGUGCCGGCGGAGCCUGUUUUCGACGAAGUCGAUGCCAAGCCUAAGAAAAAGACAGAGGAGUCCCCUAAGGCAGCAAAAGGGUUUUGGGCAUCUUUCGGCGCAGCCACCAUGGGUAAACCCAAAACCACCAAGAAAAAGUCCGAAGAAAAACCGCCCCCAGAGCCCGAGUCGCAGCCAGUCGAAGAUUUACUUCUCGAUGUAGAGGAAGAGCCAAUAAAGGAUGAGGCGCCGCCGCCCGCGCCUGACGCGCCUCUCGGGGAUAUAGAGCCGCCGCCAGCCGCGCCGCCAGCUAAGACACCUGCCACAUCAAAGCCCAAGUCAGCAGCCAAACUUUCUGUCGCUGAACGCAUCAAAACUCUUGAACAGGCCAAAAAGGAUCGUCUGAAAGAGAAGGCUGCCGCAAAAGAGAAGGCCAAGGAAGCUUUAGCAGUUCCUGAGGACCCGGUCGACGAGCAACAACCCCCGCCUGGGCCGCCAGAGCCCAAGAAAGUCUCUCGAGACUCUGUGCCUGGUAGCUUCCCCGACGCGUUUGAUGACGAUUUCGAGGAAGUGCAGCCAGAGCCAGAGCCGGAACCUGAGCUUGAGCCUGAACCCAAACCGCGCGAACUCGAACCCGAGCCCGAGCAGACCCCAGUCUUGUCAAAGAAACUCAAGAAGAAGGAGAAGAAGAAGGCAAAGGCUAUCGCGCCAGAGCCUGUACCUGAAGUACCAGAACCCCCGGCAGAACCUGAACCCGAGCCUGAACCCGAGCCUGCACCUCAGCCUGAACCCGAGCCGGUUGUCUUAUCAAAAACCGAUAAGAAGAAAAAGAAGAAAGGCAAGGUAGUUGAGCCCGAACCGAUGCCCGAACCAGAACCCGAACCAGCUGCGCCUGAGGCCGAACCAGAGCCAGCUGCGCCAGAACCGGCGCCAGAACCGGAGCCGGAAGUUGCUGAACCUGCUCCAGAGCCGGAGAAGCCUGUGAAGAAGAGCAAGAAGUCCUCCAAGCGCACCACCGAUCGUCCUCCCGCCGAACCCCCAGCUGAAACUGCUGAUCCGGAGUCAGGUAAUGCUGAGCGAUCGGCUAAAAGGGAGCGGGUCCGUGCGGAGCGCGCGGCGGCCGCAGCAGCUUCGUGGGGUUUAUGGGGUGCAAAUCCUCCCAAGAAAUCUAGCAGGGAGGUCAAACAUAAGGGAGAAUUGGUUUCUCCGGUGUCAAGGUCUAAAUCGAUGAAGCAGCCUAGGACGAGGGAGGUCGAGAUUGAGGGAGGGUCGUCUUCUUCCGAGAGAGAGAAGGAGAAGCGACGGGAGGCUAAACCCAACCGAGGUAUGGCAUUUUCGAAUUUCAUCCUAGGCACUCCUUCGCCUGCGAGGGCAAAAUCGACACGCCGGACUGGUUCCAGGCCGGUAUCUAGGCGGCCGUCCUUUGAGAUGAAUGAAGCCGGGCUCCCUUCACCACCCCCGGAUGAAAGAUUCCGGGUGUCUGAUAAGGCGGCUAGGAUGAUGGGUGUGGAUCACUCUGGGUCAAAGAGAGAGAGAUCGCAUCGGUCGCGGAAGAAGUCCAGUGCUCCCGACCCAUAUGCCCUGGAUGAUGAGGACAUCGUUAUGGUAAAUCGUGACGAUGUCGACACGAAGGGAGACUCCAGGGAGUCCAGACACUCGGGGAGAAGGUCAAGGAGAAAGCCGAGGUCUCGAGGUGAAGACCUCCAAGACGACGGCGUGAUGGUCGAUGCCGACCAGAGCCCCAACGGAGUAGAUGUACACUCGGGACCCGACGACAUCGCAUUUGUCGAUGCGCCCCGAGAGCGACGUCUCAAACGUUCGAAUACCGUCCCAAAGAAGCCCGAGCCAAGCGGCUUCAUGGGGUUGAUAGGGUCCCUACGGAGGAAUACCCGACAGGAGCCUCCCGAGCGUCGCAAAUCCCGAUCUCAUCGCGACGACGACGCACGAUACGUGACAGACCCGGAGCGAGACGACCCCCGACGUCCAAGGCGGGACGAUAAAAGAAGACGCUCCACCCGUCCAGACCUCGACGGCGAAGGCUACGCCACGGACGCCCCACCGACAACAACAACCCGCGACAUGGAGUCCAACGAUGCCGAAGCCCGGCGCGCAGCGCGCAGAGCCGCGCGACGUUCCUCCCGUCAAGGAGACCUCGAUCCACCGCUCGACAACGAGCAGCGCGAAAUCGAUGAACGACGCGCUCGACGGAGAGAACAACACCGCGCCCGCGAACGCGCCAUGCAAGAACGACAGGCCCAGGAAGAAGAAGACCGCGAGCACAGACGCCAAGAAGAACAGCGAGCUCGCAGAGCAGCUCGCGAAGAGCGUCGCGCCAGAGAAGAGCACGAAGCCCGAGAAGCCGAAGCCCGCGCCGAAGCCCGCGCCACAGAGCGCCGCGAACGGCGCCGGCAGCGCGAAACCGAAAUGCACGAAGCCGGGGGCAUGGAUCCGCGCGCCAAACGGCGCCAGUCACGGCAGCCAGACGACCGAGGACCCUACGGCGACGAAUACGCCGCUGAACGACCUCGUCGCUCGCACAAGUCCGCCGAUGACGGCGAGAGGUCGAGACGUCGGCGGUCUAAGAUCCCAAGCAUGCUUCAACAGCCCCCGCCGAUGAUGUCAGGCGGCCGCAAGGAAAAGAUCUCCUCGUGGGUUAACUCCCAAGCGACGGAGCCGCCUGAACCCCCACCAGUCGUGCCAACAGUGGUAGACGUGCUCCCUGGUCCUGGUGACCAAGCGAACGCGCACUCGAUGUCCUCCGACGAGGAAGCCCGCCGUGAUCUGCGCCGCAAAGCGCGCAGAAGAUCGCGGUAUCCGGGGAUGACAGAGGAGGAGAUCGACGAGCUCCGCGCUAGGAAGCGUGAGUCUAGACGGGACGAACCGAAGAGUAGCUCCGGAAGUGGAGAUUACGAGCGUGGUCGUGGCAUGCGGCCUUAUGACCGCUAUGCUGCGUCGUCGCAGCAGCAGCCUCCGCCUGGUGGGUUUGGCGGGAAAAUGCCGGGGUGGUUCAAGAAACUUACGAGUCUAUGAUGUGAUAUGAUAUGUUGGGAUUUGGGCAAAUUAUAUGAUGAGAUGAGAUGACAGUAUGAUGAUGAUAUGUUUAUGAUAGCAUGUUUUGUUUUAUUCCUUUUUGGGGCAUUUGACUUUGUGACAGUCUUGCUGAUGCUAUAUAUGGUUCAUCGAGGUGGGAUUUGGGUUUUUGAUGAUUGUAUGAUUAGCGAUGAUUUAUUGAGAUCAAUCUAGAUUGGUUUGUUGUGAUA